GAAUUGCUGCUAUUUGUUGGAUAACCUGGUGAAGGUCGCCUUCACUCACAAGGUCGGCAUGGAGCUGAUACAGCCGGCGUUCCAGGAGACUUUCCAGAGCCACUACAAGGAGAGUGCCCAGCAGGGGGCCAUGUCCACUCUGGUCAACUGGAUGUCAUCGGGGAGCAAUUGUACAAUGAUCCCGUCCCUCAUAGAGCGUAUGGCCACUCCUGAGGCUUUUGGUUGGCUUGCCUUCCUCAUACUAGACAUAGAGCAUCGCGCUGAAGCUGAAACCAAAAUGUGGACCACACUCAAGGAGGAAAUACACAUAGAUCCCAAGCUGACACCAGAACAGGCUCUCAAGUUUAGCUCAGAUACAUUUUUCAUGCCCUGCCAACAUGGUGGAAACAUGUUUGGGACACAAAAGUGCACAGGAACAAAG